GCGCGCCUCCCGCCCCAACCACACGUAACCUGCCUUCUAUUCUCAUCUAUAAAAAAAAUCGGACUCAAACCGUGUUUUAUAGUGACAAUAAGUAAUAGAAAGUGUUUAUUUGUGGCUGUGUACAUCCAAUUUCUAUACACCGGUGCGAAGCUGAUUUCGCUAGUCGAUACAAUUUACUUCACAGGAAGUUAAUUUGAUGGUGCGAGGCCGGGCGCGGGGCGAACGAGGGGUUUUGUCACAAAAUGGAUGCGCGUAACUUAUGACGUAACAAUCGCAUCAACAGCUAGUCUUCCACCGCUAAGACUGUCCGAGUGAACCAGCCACAGACAAUAAACAGCGACUGCGCUUUAUGGACCCCGGCGCUCCUUCUCCACGGACGUUUUUCUAAACUAGGGGUGGUCCAUGCCCCACGCGGCGCCCGCUACCGCCAUGUCGGCCCCGCCGCGCCACCCCCACUUCUACACGGUCGAGGUCGGCGACACGCGCUUCACCAUCCUCAAGCGCUACCAGAACCUCAAGCCAAUCGGCUCCGGCGCGCAGGGAAUCGUGUGCGCGGCGUACGACACGGUGACGCAGCAGAACGUAGCCAUCAAGAAGCUGUCGCGGCCCUUCCAGAACGUGACGCACGCCAAGCGCGCCUACCGCGAGUUCAAACUCAUGAAGCUGGUCAACCAUAAAAAUAUAAUCGGUCUGCUAAACGCGUUCACGCCACAGAAGAGCCUGGAAGAGUUCCAGGACGUGUACCUGGUGAUGGAGCUGAUGGAUGCCAACCUGUGCCAAGUGAUCCAGAUGGACCUGGACCACGAGCGCAUGAGCUACCUGCUGUACCAGAUGCUGUGCGGCAUCAAGCAUCUCCAUCUUGCUGGAAUUAUACACCGGGACCUAAAGCCGUCCAAUAUCGUGGUGAAAAGCGAUUGCACGCUGAAGAUCCUGGACUUCGGGCUGGCGCGCACGGCGGGCACGACCUUCAUGAUGACUCCCUACGUCGUCACCAGAUACUACAGGGCUCCUGAGGUGAUACUAGGGAUGGGCUACACGGAAAACGUGGACAUCUGGUCCGUGGGCUGCAUCAUGGGCGAGAUGAUCCGCGGCGGCGUGCUGUUCCCCGGCACGGACCACAUCGACCAGUGGAACAAAAUUAUUGAGCAACUGGGCACGCCGUCGGCCGCGUUCAUGGCGCGCCUGCAGCCCACGGUGCGCAACUACGUGGAGAACCGGCCGCGCUACGCCGGCUACAGCUUCGAGCGCCUGUUCCCCGACAUCCUGUUCCCGUCCGACUCCAGCGAGCACAACCGCCUCAAGGCGUCGCAGGCGCGCGACCUGCUGUCGCGCAUGCUGGUGGUGGACCCCGAGCGCCGCAUCAGCGUGGACGAGGCGCUGCUGCACCCCUACAUCAACGUGUGGUACGACGAGGGCGAGGUCAACGCGCCCGCGCCCGCCUCCUACGACCACUCGGUGGACGAGCGCGAGCACACCGUGGACCAGUGGAAGCAGCUCAUCUACCAGGAGGUGGUGGAGUACGCCGCGCCGCCGCCCGCCGCGCACCCCGCGCCGCCGCCCGACCACGCGCAGCCCGCGCUCACCACAUAGGUUUCAGCCUCGCUGACCGCCGAGAUAUAAUCUACACAGAGAAUAGUGCAAAGACUAUAUUGAAAGCGCCAACGCGCUGGGCUGCGCUGGCCACCGGCGGUAAGGAGCCAACGCUCCGACCCAACGUUAUACAAUAAACUGAUGUAUAUAUUUAUUGCGGUUUUAUGUGCAAUACGCGCCACGAUGAGUGCAAAUGACUCGUUCAUUCUACUGUAUAGUCUUAGAAGUAACCUUUUGCGUUAAAGCUCUACACUGGAGCUGUCGAGAAAUGUCAAAUGCUAUGGGAAAUUAAAAUGCGUCCUCUAAUAUUUAAUUUAUUCGCUAUAAAAAUUAGCAGAUUGAUUACGAUUCGGGUUUCUGUCCAUUUCUGACGCAUAACUCUGCGUAAAAUUUAGUAUGGACGGGAAAGGGACAAAAUUUUUAUGGAUGGGAAAGGGAUAGAAAACA